CCGCCAUUUGCAUUUGCUAAUUGCUAGUAUUUCUACUCUUGUUUGAUUUAUCAGUUUUAUUUUUCGGAUUGUAGGUGAUUUGGGUUUGGAUGUCAAUUUUCUGUUCGGUUUCCAAGGAAAAGGUUAUUAUAAAUUAAUUAUAAGGUUUAGCAGGCAGCUUCGGUAAGUGGAACAAUGGAACCACGCGGUCGUAGUAGGGCUCGUGGUCGAGCCCGCGCUGGACAACCGUUGACAGGCCCGCCAGGUCCUCGACCUGGUCCCCCUAUGGCUCCAGGUGCAGUCCCCCCUCAGCAACAAGCUCCUGGCCCACAGGGGCCUUGGGCACGACCUGCAGUGCCACAGCAACAAGCCCCCCAGCCGCAGCCCCCUGCACAUUGGGUUCGACCCCAAAUGCCAACGCCUGCAGUGUCUGCUGGAAGAGGAUCACGAUUGGGAGGGGGUGAUGCACCUGAAGGUGCCCCAGUCGCUGAACAGGUCGGAGGACUGCACGGUGCUGGGGAAGGUGCACUUGCCCAAGAUCGAGGCCGCGGAGGUGGCAAUGGAGGUGUCCGUGGGCGCACCAUUAGACAUGAAAUUAUGCACACGAGGCCUCCGAAUUUCAAUAAACAAGGAUCAAGUGGAACACCUAUUCAAUUGAUCGCCAAUUAUUUCACCCUGCUGCAAGCCGGCAAAUGGGGCUUGAACCAGUACCGAGUCGAUUUCAACCCCGACAUCGAUCAUACCGGUAGACGUAAAGGGAUGUUCCGCAAUCUCAUGCAGGGCGUACAAGGCGUGACGGGCUACCUGUUCGACGGCACCGUCAUGUAUACUCCGCAGCGUUUGAACCCCGACCCGUUGGAGAGAGUAGUGGAGACCGAAGCCGGGGAGCAAGUCAGGAUCACCGUUCGACUGGUGGGGGACGUGGCCUGGGGGGACCACCACUACAUCCAGCUGUUCAACAUUAUCAUCAGGAAGUGUCUGGCGUUCAUGCAGUUGCAGAUGGUCGGCAGGGACUAUUUCGAUCCGAACUCUAAGAUUGCCAUUCCAGAGUACAAGCUCGAGCUUUGGCCGGGUUAUUAUACAAGCAUGCGUCAGCAUGAGCAAAAUAUUUUAAUGAACGCGGAUGUGGCGUUCAAGGUCAUGAGGACUGACAACGUGUAUGACAUGCUCCUCGAGUGCCGAAGUGGCAAUCCACGUGCUGAGUUCCAGUCGAAAAUCAUUGGUAGUGUAGUUCUGACAUACUACAACAAUAAGACAUACAGAAUUGAUGACGUGGAGUUCGGCAUCACUCCAGAAAGUACAUUCCCGAUGCGAGAUGGAACGCAAAUUUCUUUUAUUGAAUAUUACAGAACGAAACAAAACAUCAAUAUCCAGGUGAGAUCCCAACCGAUGUUGGUGUCGCGAUCCAGCCAGAGGGAAAUCAGAGCCGGCAUGCCGGAAACCGUCCUUUUGGUGCCCGAGCUGUGCAAACUGACUGGCCUCACAGACAGGCAGCGCGAGAACUUCCAGUUGAUGCGCGCGAUGGCCGACCACACGCGCAUCGGUCCCACCAAGCGCAUGGAAAAGCUGAACGAGUUCAGCAUGCGCAUGCGCAGGUCGCCGGAGGCGCUGGCCGAGGUGCGCAAGUGGGACCUCGAUCUGGCCGAUAGGCUGGUCAGGUUCCAGGGCAGGGUGCUGCCACAAGAGACCAUAGUCGGCGGCAACAACGCCAAAUACCCGGCCGGCCCUCAAGCCGACUGGACGCGCGAGCUGCGCGCGCUGCCCAUGUUCGUCGCCGGCCAGAUACCGCGCUUCGCCGUCGUCUGCCCCGUCAAGCUGAAGGGCGCCUGCCAGGACUUCGUCCAAUGCCUGCAAAAGUCGGCGCGCGGUAUGCGCUGGGACAUCGGCGCGCCGAGGAUAUUCGACAUCAACGACGAUAGGUCGCACAGCUAUCUGGAAUGCAUCGAGAACUUGAUCAGCAAGAACAACCCGUCGAUGAUCAUGUGCGUGGUGCCGAACAAUUCGGCGGAUAGGUAUUCGGCGAUUAAGAAGAAGUGCUGCGUGGAUCGCGGCGUGCCGACGCAAGUGAUUUUGGCGAAGAAUCUGACAUCCAAGGGGGUCAUGUCCAUAGCCACCAAAGUGGCCAUCCAGCUGAACUGCAAAGUGGGCGGCGCUCCGUGGACCGUAAUGAUGCCCUUGACCCAUCUCAUGAUCGUCGGCUACGACGUGUGCCGCGACACGGUCAACAAGGGCAAGAGUUUCGCCGCCAUGGUCGCCUCCAUGGACAAGCAGAUGACGCGCUUCUUCAACAGCGUGGCCGAGCACAAGAUGGACGAGGAGCUCAGCGAGAACUUCGCCUCGUUCUUGCUGCUCGCCUGUCACAAGUACAAGGAGAUCCACGGCCAGUUUCCCGACAGUUAUUCCACAGGAUUCUGAUUUACCGUGACGCGGUAGGCGACGGCCAGCUGCCCUACGUCAAGGAGCACGAGAUCGCCAUCAUCAAGAAGAAGUUGACUCAGGAAAUAUAUCCCAAUGGGGACCUGAAGAUGGCGUUCGUCGUCGUCUCGAAGCGCAUCAAUACGAGGAUCUUCACCGAAAGGGACAACCCGCCGCCCGGUACGGUCGUCGAUGAUGUAAUCACGUUGCCGGAAAGAUACGACUUCUUCAUCGUGUCGCAAUGCGUAAGACAGGGCACGGUCGGCCCCACCAGCUACAACGUGAUCGAGGACACGAUGGGCCUGCCGCCUGACCGCAUGCAGAUGCUGACGUACAAGCUGUGUCACAUGUACUUCAACUGGAGCGGGACGGUGCGAGUGCCUGCCCCGUGCCAGUACGCCCACAAAUUGGCGUUUUUGACGGCGCAGUCGUUGCACCGACCGGCCAACAGGGCGCUGGAGACCGUCCUUUUCUAUUUGUAAUGGUAUUUGAUUUUUUCUAUUUUUAUUAUUUCUUCGGCGACGUUCUUGUCGUGUCUCAUUGUCUCAUUACCUUAUAGUUAGGAAGUAUUCGAUUUUUUUAUUUUUUCGUUCUCGUUGUGCGCAACGGUAUUGGAGGUUUUAUUUUCUGAUCUUGUUUUUGAAUGAAGAUGGGUGUGAAACUUUGGUGAAUUCCAUUUCCUCAUGUUCUUUUGUACUUUCCAGGCAGGAAACACGAAAUUUGAUCAUGAAAAUGGAUACUGCUAUUCAUAAAGAUAGUUUGACAGUUCAUUUACUACAUAUUGGGUAUACUGACAGCAAUAUUCUACACAAUCACAUUGAAUCCAUGGAAAUAUAAUAAAUUUCACAUCUUGGUUUUGAAUGUUCCACCUAUUUCAUAAUCAGCCAUUAGUUUUUUUACAAAGUAUAUCAACUUCACAUCGACUAAGGCCUAGAAAUUCAGUGAGAAGAUUUCUGAGUCAAACAGAUUUUUUUUGUUGAAAGAUUGUUAAGUGUGACAAUAUUAGUUUAUAUAUCAAGAAAUGUGCCUACUGAUGAAAGAAAAAGCGAUUUGUGAUUUUCAACUGUAUCCUGCAAUAUCUUGAUAGAAUGUUCACAUUUUCUCUAUCUAAUUCGUGUUCCCCGCCUAAAAAUACAAAGUAGGAGCAAAUAUCUUCCAAGUUUUUAAAAUAUUGUCUGGAGAAAAUUUUAUCCAGCAAUGCUCAUGAUGUGGCAUUUUUCGGGAGCUCCGUUGUUACUUUGACUAGCUAGAGGGCUUGCUUUUUUAUUUAAUCUCUGAAUUGAAGUUUGUGUUCGGAUUUAUAUCCCAGAAUUUUUCUUUUGUUCUAUAAUUAGGAUUUUUUGUUGAAGAUAUCCCAAUUUUUUUAACAAACAAGAUACAUUUUACAAAUGUUGUUUGUAUGUUGAAUUUGGAUUAGAUUUAAAUGUUAGAACAAGAUGUGAAUGAAAAAUAAACAGUGUUAUUUUUAUAUAUUUUUUGAUUAAACGUUG